AUGGGCCGCUACCGCAUCCGCGUGGCCACUGGGGCCUGGCUCUUCUCUGGGUCCUUCAACCGCGUGCAGCUGUGGCUGGUGGGGGAGCGCGGGGAGGCGGAGCUGGAGCUGCAGCUGCUGCCGGCGCGGGGCCAGGUGGAGGAGAUUGAACAGGACGUUCCCCAAGACUUGGGGCCACUGCAGUUCGUGAAGUUGCGCAAACACCACUCCCUGGUGGACAACGCCUGGUUCUGCGACUGCAUCACCGUGCAGGGCCCCGGAGCCUUGGAGGAGGCCGCCUUCCCCUGCUACCGCUGGGUGCAGGGCGAGGGCCUGCUGACCCUGCCCGAGGGCACCGCCCGCCUGCCAGGAGACAAUGCAUCGGAUGUGUUCCAGAAACAUCGAGAGAAGGAACUAAAGGAAAGACAGCAAAUAUACCGCUGGGCCACCUGGAAGGAGGGCUUACCUCUGACAGUAGCUGCAGGCAGUGAGGAUGAUCUACCUCCAAAUAUAAGAUUCCACGAGAAGAAGAGGCUGGACUUUGAGUGGACACUGAAGGCUGGGACACUGGAGAUAGCCCUCAAGCGUGUUCGCACCCUCCUGAGCGCCUGGAAUCAUCUGGAGGAUUUUGAUCAGAUCUUCUGGGGUCAGAGGAGCUCCCUGGCUGAGAAGGUUCACCAGCGCUGGCAGGAAGAUGAGCUUUUUGGCUACCAGUUCCUCAAUGGCGCCAACCCCAUGCUGCUGAGACGCUCCACCUCUCUGCCCUCCCGGCUGGUGCUGCCCUCAGGGAUGGAGGAGCUUCAGGCCCAGCUGGAGAAAGAACUCCAGAACGGUUCCUUGUUUGAAGCUGACUUCAUCCUUCUGGAUGGAAUUCCAGCCAAUGUGAUCCGAGGAGAGCAGCAGUACCUGGCUGCCCCCCUCGUCAUGCUGAAGAUGGAGCCCAGUGGGAAGCUGCUGCCCAUGGUCAUCCAGAUCCAGCCUCCCAGCCCUAGCUCCCCCACCCCACCACUGUUCCUGCCUUCAGAUCCUCCACUUGCCUGGCUCCUGGCAAAGUCCUGGGUUCGAAAUUCAGAUUUCCAACUGCAUGAGCUCCAGUAUCACUUGCUCAACACUCAUCUGCUGGCUGAAGUCAUUGCUGUCGCCACCAUGAGGUGCCUCCCAGGACUGCACCCUGUCUUCAAGCUCCUGAUCCCACACACCCGCUACACCAUGGAGAUCAACACCCGGGCGAGGACCCAACUCAUCUCACAUGGAGGUGUGUUUGAUAAGGCUGUGAGCACAGGCGGAGGGGGCCAUGUGCAGUUGAUCUGUCGGGCCAUGGCUCAGCUGACCUACCGCUCCCUCUGUCCUCCUGACGAUCUGGCUGACCGUGGCCUGCUGGGAAUCCCAAGUGCCCUCUAUGCCCAAGAUGCUUUACGGCUCUGGGACAUCAUUGCCCGGUAUGUGGAGGGGAUCAUCCACCUCUUCUACCACGGGGAUGAUGUCGUGAGAGGAGACCCUGAGCUGCAGGCCUGGUGUCGAGAGAUCACUGAGGUGGGGCUGUGCCAGGCCCAGGACCGAGGUUUCCCUGUCUCCUUCCAGUCUCGGAAUCAACUCUGCCAUUUCCUUACCAUGUGUGUGUUCACGUGCAGUGCCCAGCAUGGGGCCAUCAACAAGGGCCAGCUGGACUGGUAUGCCUGGGUCCCCAAUGCCCCAUGCACAAUGCGAAUGCCCCCACCCACCACCAAGGAAGAUGUGACAAUGGCCACAGUGAUGGGCUCACUCCCUAAUGUCCAACAGGCCUGUCUGCAAAUGACCAUCACAUGGCAUCUGGGUCGACGCCAGCCAGACAUGGUUCCUCUGGGGCAUCACAAAGAAAAGUAUUUCUCAGGCUCCAAGACCAAAGCUGUACUGGACCAAUUCCAAGCAGACCUGGAAAACUGGGAAAAGGAAAUGACAGCCCGGAAUGAGCAGCUUGACCUUGCCUACGAAUACUUAAAGCCCAGCAACAUAGAGAACAGUAUCACUAUCUGA